AAUAGUCUAGCUCUCAAUAACGGCUGCAAACGUCCAAGCAUUUGGCGUCCUAAUUUCACAUGCAAGAAUGUCUGCGCACUGAUGCAUAUGUAUAUAACUUUAAUUGGAGAGUCUGAGACCCAGGAACUCUUCACAUGAUGCUCGCUGUUAAACCACAAACAUAAGUGCCUCCGUGUGUGAAUAUAUAUUUUUACUAAAUGCUUCUAUAUUAAUUAUUUUUCCUCCAUGCAAAUCGUCAUUCUGCCUUAUAAAUUUUUGAUCAACUUAAAACGUAUAUCUCUAAAAUUCGCGGUGUGUGUCAGUAAAGAGGUCAAUAUUUAAUCACUCUCCUUGUAACGAGACUGUAGAUAAUAUAAGCAAGUGCAAUUAUUUCCCCAAGCCUCUUAUAUUAAUUACUUGGGACCAGUCUCCUGCUGGGAAGUGUAAUGAUUUAAAAGGUGGAUUGAUCAAACAACGCAGCCACAACUUCUCAUAUUUAACAGGAAUUACUUCAACUAAUCUAGAUACUUUCAAGGUAAAUAUAUCACAUGUAAUCAGCGUGUUUGAUGAUACGCGAUUGUUUCGCUUCUGAAAAUCAUGUCUUAAAUUGAUGUUUUAUCUUUUUAGACGUUAUGGAGUUGAAAUGCAAUUGCACGGCCUUUCAAGGAUUCCUUUUCAUCCUUUUUUGUUUCUUCAUACAAGGAACGUUAUCGCUUCCUCGACCAAAUCUUACCGACACUGAUGAGUUUCGUCUCAUGAAAACAUUAUUUUUUGGCUACAACAUGUCUUCUGUACGACCCGUUAAAAAUAGCACAAAACCUGUUCAAGUGGAAUUUCAAAUGAAAUUGAGCAGACUUGUUAAAGUGAAUUCUAGGGAUAUGACACUUGUUACGGAUGUCUGGAUUACUCAGAAAUGGUCCAAUCCAUUCUUGACGUGGAAUCCAGAAAAAUAUGGUGGUAUUAAAACUUUGCACGCUCAACCUAAGGAUGUUUGGGUGCCAGAUACAGCAUUGGUGAAUAAUGCUGAGAGUGAUUUUGCUGGCUCCAGGACAAAAUACAAAACAAUGGUGGUAUUGAGAAGCAACGGGGAGAAUAUUUGGAUGUCUCCAGCAACAUUCAUAAGUUCUUGUCGUUUCGAUGUUUCAACCUUCCCCUUCGAUACUCAGCUUUGUGACAUGACUUUUGGUUCUUGGACAUUCACUAUGAAUAAAAUGAUUUUGCUACCAAUGGUUAAAAGUAAUCUUUUUUCAGAUUCCAGUUAUGAAAGCGGAGACUGGACAAUCCCAUCAAUAAAGCUGGAUCAACAUACCCAAAAUCUUGAAUAUGGUGAUGAAAAAUUUGCCAGAAUAACAUAUAGAUUGAAGCUGGAACGAAAACCGAUAUAUUUCAUAAUGUAUCUCAUUGUACCCAGUGUUCUCAUAUCUUUGUUGGUCCUGUUCAGUUUUAAAAUACCAGUGGACAGUGGUGAAAGAAUCGGGUUGUGUACGACAGCUUUGUUGUCUAUGAGCGUGUUUCUGCUUUUGAUUGGUGAACAUUUACCAGAGUCGUCAGAAAAUAUCCCCCUUCUUGCAAUAGCGUCUGUUUUGAUGAUGAUCGAAAUCACUCUGGGUUUUCUCGGUACCAUCAUUGUUCUCAAAUGUCACCAUAACACGUCUAAACCGCCCAAUUUCCUCAAAUGUCUGUGUUGUAUCAAGAGUAGCACAAAAGCAGAGCCCAUGGUCGAUCCUGCUGACCUGGAUCCUGAAGCAAAACAACCUACCGUAACAGCCUUACUUCAAGCACAGAUCAGCAUGAUAGAAAAGAAAGAAGAUAAAUAUCAACAGGAAUGGAAGAUAAUUUCUAAAACAAUGGAUAGAAUAUUUUUCUAUCUCUUCCUCGCCUUUCUCAUUGUUACUCUAGCUGGUGUUUAUCUGUUUGCGCCUCUUAUCGUAAAACUGGAACGUGACCUCUAACUGAAGUCAUCUUUAUUGCAAGUAAAACAUGAUUCGUCCAGUUUCAUCAGUGUCAAGACUCAUCUUUGCAUAUCGCAUGUAUAUGCAUGCAUUGCAUUUGCUUUGUCUUCGACUGGUGUUAUAUCACUAGCCUUUAUUUAUUUUAUGUUCAUGUACUCAGAUUGAAAGUUAAACUUGGUAGCUUGGUAGCUAUAUGUAAACGUAUAGGCACGUUGUUGCAUGCUCUCUGUGCAUGAUAUACACGCAACUUGACACUCGAACUCUAGAAGUAAUGUUAUGCUACAAAGUACAUCAAAAAUCUGAAAAAUUUUAGUCACUUGUGCAUAUAUAACGCUUCUGAACUAGGACUAAACAUAUAUAUAGUCUAGAGAUUAUUGGGGGCAAAAAAGACAAA